CAGCCGGCUAAGCCCAUUCCAGGACGGGGGUCAGGAGCUUAUCCCAGUAAACUGGGGUGGAUGUAGUAACAAACAAGGGAUGAGCAUGUAGACUUCUACCCGAUCAGUUUAAAUGUGGCAAACAAUCUGACCACGACUCCUUAUACGCAAACAUGAAAACUAAAAAUGGAGCAUCAAAAUAAAAAAUCGAAACGGCAUUCAAAUGCCAUGCAACUCUUUUUAACAACAUACCAUAUUCAGAAAUUAGGUUCUUCAUAAUAGCAUCUGAAAAACAUAGUUGGAGAAGUGACAAUGGUAUUCAUACUUACACUUCGUACACGGUAAAAUUAGUACUUGUUACAAACAUAGCGUUUUCAUUGAACAUUUGGGGAGACAAGCAAUGGUGCCUGUGAUUAACGCGCAGUGGCUGCAUUGUGUGCAAACGUUCAACUCGAGGAGGCUGAAGAGACGCGCACGCCUCUAAAGUUAACUGAAAGAUUUUGGUCAAAUCCGCCCGCAAGCGCCACACUUCUCUCCUGUUGCAGGUGAACUUGUAUUCCCAUCCUGGAAAGGGGGGGGGGGGGGGUGUGCGGAUUUCAAUGUGUCCGCACAGGGGAGGAGAGGGGGGUCCCAGACUGACUGGAGCCAGGAAUUAAUGGCCUCGUUCAGAGUCGAUAGUGCUUCUUAAUUACCGCACUUGUGAAAAAGCAAGGGGGUGCUCUUCUUUGAUCUACCCGUAAAUGAAUAGUAAAUGGAAAGGACAAAUGUUGAAUAAAUACCAACGGCGAGCGCGCACACCAUUUAUUAAACGGAAUUUCUAUGAAGUAUCGUCGGUGCUGGUUCUUGCCCAGGAUUAUUCUCCACACAUAUGUCCAAAGAAUUCAAGGUGUAACGCUUACAUCGUUCAGCUCUGUCGGGUUUUCCAAACUGAGGUGGAUUAUUUGUUCGCCAUCCUGAUUUUUAAGAUGCAAGGGAAAUUUUCGGUGGAAUGGCUGGCGCAGAGCAGUCACGGAGACUCAUCUUGUACUCAGCACUGCUGGACGAACUCAAUUCCAGAGUCCCGUCAGGCCACGUCAGCUGGGCAGCGACCCGACCGACUGGCCGAGCAAACCCAAAAGGCACACGGAUCGCAGGCGAAAUGCGAAGCGCCGCCGCGGCAGCAGACACUUCCGCCCAAAAGCGAAGCCUCCACGCUGCAGUCGGGUUUAGUUUGUGACUCGGAGGAAACAUCGGGCUACGAAAGCGAAAGAUGUCGCUCGGCGUCCCCUUCUUUUCUUAAAGACGAGGGUCGUCUCACUUCUCGCGAAGCCUCAGCUGGCCCUCCAACAGUCACCUCCUCUGGACGUCGACCCCGUACGGCCUUCACCACUGAGCAGAUCAACAAACUGGAGAACAUCUUCAAGAAGCAGACAUAUGUGGGCACUCGUGAAAAGGAGGAGCUGUGCAAAAAGCUCAGUCUGUCCGAGAAACAGAUCAAGAAUUGGUUCCAAAACCGGCGGAUGAAGCUGAAGAGAGCAAUUCAGGACGCCAUGGCCCAGGCCUGCCAUGUAAAUGUAUCUGCUCACCUCCCCCCUUACCCUGAGCUCCGGACAUUUGGACCAACUCCAUAUGUUGGUUUCUUUCCUGGACAAGAUUCUUCUGGGGCCUUCCUUCCUGUGCCACAUUACCCGGCACCCUUUCUAAGCCCUGCUACAAUGGACACGUCAGUGCACCCACUACCUGCUUUAAUGGUUUCACAGAGCGAGGCCAGUGCGAGCCAUGCUGCAUUAGGCAGGUACCACCCCUAUGGCCUUUAUUAUUGAGACUGCUGUCUGUAGGACUGAGACUGUGGUGUGUGGUCAGAACUAAUCAGCCAGGAAGACCCACAUGAAAGGAGACCAACCGCUUCUGCAAGUCCAGACAAGUGUUUACAUGCUGGGAUGAAGUGCAAUAUUACAUUUCUAUCAUUUAUUUUAUUGAAGAUACUAUUUAAUUGUACAGAAUUUCUAUUUUAUGUCAUGAUUUUUUUUAAUGUUAAUGUGAUUUGUGUACUGUUUAUGAGGUGUUGUCAUUUCUAUGUGAAGCAAUACAGU